AUGUCUUCUCAUCUAUGGAUAUUCGGAGUGUCUCUGUCGCUUAUUGCCACGCUCUUCGGCACGCUUGGUAAGGUGCUGCUUAAGCUGGCACACACGUCAACGCAGGCGCUAUCGGUCAAGGUGGCAGCUACUGUGUGUGUUUUUCUACUUAAUCCUGUGUUUGAUGCCAUGAGCUAUGCUUAUGCAGCACAGUCCAUCUUGGCGCCUAUGGCUGGAUUUAGCGUUGUCUGGAACAUUCUGAUGUCACCUUACCUACUCAACGAGAAAGUUUCGAGACAAGACGUCAGAGGCUCAGCAGUCAUUUUAGCUGGCUGUGUCUUUGUUGGAAUUUCGGGAAGUCACGAUACACCGACACAUCACAGCGCUGAAUUAUUUGCUCUUUUUCGGAGCCAAAUUUUUUUUGAAUACGCUACUUUUGUAUGGUGUGCAGCAGUGGGGUUAAUUUGGGUAAUCUGCAGCUUUGAAAAGAAGAGUGGCUGGAGAAGAUUUGCAUUUGGCGCUCUCUCAGGACUAAUUGGUGGCAAUCUUUUCUUUCUUAAGGCCUCAGUUGAACUGCUUUCUGAAGGUGGAGCGGUUUGGAAAAACGCAGAAACCUACAUUAUUAUUUUGUCUGCCUUGUCAUCAGCUGGUGGUGGUAUUUAUAUCCUGGAUCUCGGCUUGCGUGAAUACGACGCGCUUUAUCUCGUAGCAAUCUAUCAAGCUUUUCUCAUUCUGAUAGGCUCCGUCUCAGGAGUAAUCUUCUUUCACGAAAUUUCUGGAAUGAACUCAUGGUGGCAACUGCUUCUUUACCCUCUCAGCAUCUUCACGACAGUGAGUGGCAUCAUUGUUUUAUCAGAAAAACACAUUGAGCACUGUGAAUCGGUUUAUCUCAACAACAGCGACGACGCGGUCAAACAAGGUGAAAUUUUGCCGCUUGUUAGUCCUAAUGACAUCAGAUUUGGAUACAAGCAUGGCUCCGUUUAG